AUGGCAUCCGGCACUGACCUCGCGACUCAUCUUCAAAACCUUAUACCAGACUCGCACGCACAGCUCCGCGAUUCUGUCCUACCAUCACUCUUGAAGUCAGUGCACACCAUAGCCGGCCAUCUACGCACCUCGCCCAGCGUAACCCAAGUCGGCACCGCCAAUGCAUUCGGCGACGAUCAACUCAACGUCGACGUGCUCGCCGAGGACGCCAUCCGCCAAAGCAUCAAAGACUGCCCUAGCAUAGUUACCGCCAGCAGCGAAGAAGACCCAAUCGAGAAGUCCUCAGAAAAUCCCAGUCCUAGUUCAGAAACCACCGAACAAUACACACUAGCCUUCGACCCCCUCGACGGCUCCUCCAUCAUCGCGCCAAACUGGAGCGUAGGCACCAUCCUCGGCAUCUGGACCGGACCCUCAGCCCUGCACUCCCCCCCAUCCACACACCAAAUCGCCUCAAUCCUCGGUGUACUCGGUCCCCGCACCACCGCCAUCGUCGCCCUGCGCCUCCCCAACUCACCAUCCACCUGCUUCGAAGUCGGAUACUCCCCCUCAGGCUCUAUCCAGGUAAUCCGCCCAACCGUCCACCUAGCCUCCCCCUCCAGCACCAAAACCCGAUACUUCGCCCCUGCCAACCUCCGCGCCGCAGCCGACGACGCAAAGUACAUGAGUCUCAUCACGCACUUUAUCCAGCAAAAAUACACACUACGCUAUAGUGGGGGCCUCGUCCCGGAUAUUGUUCACGCACUCGUCAAGGGUCAUGGCGUAUACAUCUCCCCCGUAACACCCCAGAGCAAAGCUAAACUCCGCCGCCUCUACGAACUCACACCUAUAGCCCUCAUCGUCGAGUGUGCAGGUGGCGCGGCCCUGGAUUCCGCAACGGGAAAUCGGAUACUCGAUGUUGCAGUGCGGGAUACGGAUGAGAGGGGGGGUCUGGUAUGUGGGAAUUUGGAAGAGGUGGAGGAGGUACGCAAAGCUCUACUAUGA